UCCUGCCUCUGCUGCUCAUCAGUACAGUGUGAAGCAUCAGUACAUGUUGGCAUGACCUGUGACCUGAAGCCCUGGAGAAUGAUCAAAAGAAGCCCCUGGUGAGCAGAAGGCUCUGAAGACAUACUUUGUGUGCUUGGAAGGGAGUUGGCAGGUGGUGUUUCCGUGUAGCAAGGCAUAUGAUACUCAUCACAGAUCUAGAGGCUUGGCUGGAAAUGUUGGUUGAGAUACACUUUAUACUGCUGUUCAGUCGACAGGGGAAAUUAAGGCUUCAGAAAUGGUAUACGACACUACCUGAGAAAGAGAAGAAAAAGAUCGUUCGAGAAAUUGUUCAGAUUGUUUUGUCUCGCAAUCAAAAAACAAGUAGUUUUGUUGACUGGAAAGACCUCAAGCUUGUUUACAAAAGAUAUGCUAGUUUGUAUUUCUGUUGUGCAAUAGAAGACCAGGAUAACGAGCUCCUGACGCUAGAGGUUGUUCAUCGAUACGUAGAACUCCUGGACAGAUACUUUGGAAAUGUGUGUGAGCUGGAUAUUAUCUUUAACUUUGAAAAAGCUUAUUUUAUUCUUGAUGAGUUUAUAAUUGGAGGAGAAGUACAAGACACUUCAAAGAGGUCUGCGGUGAAAGCCAUAGAAGACUCUGACAUGUUGCAGGAGACGGUGGAAGAGUACAUGAACAAACCUGCAUUUUAAUGUUAAAACUACCUGGAAAGAGAACUGCUGUAUGCACCUGCAAAAUGCAUUUGCUGAGAUUGCUUCCCAAUGUGCCAGAGAAAAACCAAAACCAAUAACUAAAAGGGUUUGUUUGUAUAAUUGUCAAGAUGAAGGUCAGCUAAUGUAGCACAGGGUUUAACAAUUUUGUAUUUGCAUUACUCUGCGUUUCUCAGAAUUGUUUUUACCCUUGCUCUAGUUUCUCUUUUCCUUGCUGGACUGAACACUUGUUUUGUAUCACAUCUUUUAGCUACGGGUUUUGUCACCAUAAAAUGUUCAUCUACCAGUACAUGGAAGAGGUCUUUCUACUACUUUUGGUCCACUGCUGACCAUAUGACUCUACUUUUGUACAAAUGUCAGUUAUUUUGAAUGUCAUGAUUAUUCUGCCGUAAUAAUAAGUUUUUUCUAAAAGACA